GGCGUGCCCCGCGCCGUUCCCAUGGCCACAGGCAGCCGGGCCCGCGGCCCGCGCAGCGAUGCCCAAGGCCAGUGAUACUUUAUGGGAUCUUGCUAUAGCUGAAGUGGAGAAGAGAGAAAAUCCUGAUGAUGAUGAUGAUGUCAAGCCAGGGGAAGUUUGGGAAAAAUCAAUAUUAUUUAUGGGAAACAAAAAUGGGGGAAAGACCACUAUCAUACUGAGAUGCCUUGAGAGGGAAGAGUCUCCAAAGCCAACGUUAGCCUUGGAAUAUACUUUUGGAAGAAGAGCAAGGAGACAUAAUACACCUAAAGAUGUAGCUCAUUUUUGGGAAUUAGGUGGUGGAACCUCAUUAGUGGAACUCAUUCGAAUACCAAUCACUGUCCACAACAUAAGGUCAUUUGCUGUAGUUCUGGUGUUGGAUCUCUCCAAACCUAAUGAACUCUGGACUACUAUGGAGAGCCUUCUGCAGGUCACCAGGAACCAUGUGAACAAAAUUUUAACCAAACUAGAAAAGACAAACCCUGAAGUAGCUGCUGAAAUUAAACAGAGAAUGUGGAACAAUCUGCAGAGGGAUCACCCUGACAGUGCAUUAGUUGACCCUUUUCCAAUACCCUUGGUGAUAAUUGGAAGCAAAUAUGAUAUUUUUCAUGAGUUUGACUCUGAAAUGAGAAAAAUUAUAAGCAAGACACUUCGAUUUGUUUCACAUUAUUAUGGAGCCUCAUUAGUGUUUACCAGUAAAUCUGAGGCUCUCCUACUGAAAGCCCGUGCUUUUAUUAAUCACUUGGCAUUUGGCUACGAUAAAAGCAAGUCUGUAUCAGUGGAUCCCAGCAAACCACUCUUUAUACCAGCAGGCCUGGAUUCCAUGAGCCAAAUAGGACCACCACCUGCCUCUGACAGUGAUCUUGGAAAGAUGCGUGCCAACACGCCUUUGGAACUAUGGAAAAAAGUAUUUGAGAAAACAUUUCCUCCCAAGAGUUGCUCUGAUUUACAAGAUACCAAGGACCCUGCACAGGAUAGUCAAUAUGCUGAGUAUGAAGUUGAUGUCAUGAGAGCUCAGAAAAACCAGGAACUUGAACAAUACAAAAGAAAUGCCUCUAAAUCCUGGAAAGAAAUGGAUUUUGACUCCGAUUGAUGAACUACUACUCUGUCUUCAGUUUAACACAAUUUACAAAAUUAUUUUUAUAAUUUUUACAUUACAUUAGCAAUUUCAUCUGUUGCAGUUGAAAAUAUAUAAUAUCAAACUAUGAAGUUGGUAUUUUUGAGCAUUCCUGUUAUUUUUAUGAAAGGAGCUGUUUAUUCACUCAGUCCAAAUUCAUUUAUCUUGGCACUGGCAAAGAGUUUUAAAAAGUGGGGAGAAAGGAAUUCUAGAUUGCUUUCAGAUGGGCUUGUAUAUGAAGAUUGGCAUUAGUCAGUUCAACCUAAUUUAUAACACAUUAUUUGAUUUACUUUUGAAUAUUUCUACUCUAAUCAUAUAUUUAAAUAUAAACUAGUUUUCACACCCAGAAUAUGAAAUUGUGUAGUGUGCUAGGUAUCUUUUUGUAGUUCAAAACUAAAGCUUAAGAAAUACUUGCAUAAUUGAUAUAUUUGAAUAAAUAAAAAACCCCUAAAACUG